AUGGCCCCCGCAAUUCCAAAAGGAUCCCUUGUCCUUGUCACAGGCGCCAAUGGGCACAUUGGCUCUCGUGUUGCAGACCAGCUCAGGGAAGCGGGCUAUCAUGAAAAGAAAUUUGGCGAAGAAACAUUCGAGCUAGCAACAUUGGAAGAUAUGGCCAAAGAUGGGGCAUUUGACGAAGCCAUCAAAGGCGUGUCCGGAGUUGUUCACGUUGCUUCCAAUCUUACUCUCGAUCCCGACCCAAACAAGGUUAUCUCGGAAGUUCCAGCAGGUGUCAACGGAAUCCUUCAAUCGGCGGCAAAAGAACCCAGUGUGAAGCGGUUUGUUUUUGCCUACUUCUCCACAGCUAUCGCAGCCCCGAUACCUAACGAAGAACUUACAAUCGACAAAAAUGGAUGGAACGAGGCAGAUGUCAAAGCUGCAUGGGCUCCUCCACCUUACGAUGGUGACAGAAAAUUAGCUGUACAUGGAUCGAGUAAGACGGAAGCAGAAAAAGUUCACUGGAAGUUUGUGAAAGAGCAGAAACCUGGCUUCAAUGCCACCAGUGUUUUGCCAAACGCCAACUUCGGGAAGAUUCUGGCCAAGGGUCAACUUGCCAGAAAUAUCGAUGCCCUGAAGAAUUCACCACCCCAUGUCCAGGACACUGCCAGGCUACACGUUGCCGCUCUGAUCAACCCGGAGGGUCAAAAUGAGCGAAUCCUCGCCUUUGCAGAACCGUACUAUGCAAAGAAGCUACGACCAGAUCAGAAUUUCCUGGAGGACUUCGUUGAUGACAACGUUCGAGAUAUAUCGAAAGUCUCCAAUGGGAGGGGAGCGGAGUUGCUAAAGAAAGACUUUGGAUGGCCGGGCUGGCCCAGUUUGAGAGAGUCUCUGAGGCUCAAUAUUGAAGAUCUGUAA